AUGUCACUGGCUAUUCUGUGCUGGACGGCGGUCGCCACGGUGCUGCUCUCGUCCGCAGAGGCUUCGCUUCUUGGCGAGAAUGGCGCUCGAGUUCUCCGAGCCGAGUCGACAACGGAUUGGCCAAGUCUUUCCAUCCUCGUCAGGCCGCAGUUCAAGUCCUCUCCUGAUGUCAACUAUACCAUGGAAGCCAAAGCAGUCGGAUUGGAAGGCGGGAAGACGCUCUACGAUAUCUACGCAAGAUUCGACGAGAAGCAUGAGUCUGGCCUGGACAAGUCGGUCACCUCCUACAUGCAGACGGGUGGAUACGCCACUGUGAACGUCACGUCGAACGCGGAGGAGGUCUCUGUGUGUUUGGACUCGGAGUCAGGCCCCUACCCGAUUCCGCCGAUCAAUGCGCUUUUCGAGGAAUUAACGAAACUACAAUUCAUGGGUGAGGGUAAUUCCAACAGCGGUUACUGCCAUAUGGAAUACGACAUCGUGAUUGGUGACAAGAGCUACGCUGUCUGUAAUGCGGUGACUGGUUUGUUUAUUGAGAUAAUUGUCGGCGACAUGGUCAUUAAUUUGACGCGAAAGGACAACGUGGAGGUGCUCUCGAACGCUGGUCCAGGUUCUGGGUGUAAACAGGUAGCAAAGCCGUUCGUCACGAUUCAUAGCAUAAAUGAUGCACUCCCGUCCGUCUAG